AUGACCAUGAUUGACGGAAUUGUGCACAGGGUUGUUGCCCUGUCUGAUGUGGAACAGACAUGGCAGGUUGUCGUACCAUCGGUUCUGGUGCCGGAGGUCCUGCGUCUUCUCCAUGGAGGGCCCUUGACUGGCCAUUUGGCUGUGGAGCGGACCAUGGCCUGUGCACGCGGGGUGUGCUUCUGGCCUUGUAUGUAUUGUGACAUACGCACUUGGUGUGAGCAGUGUUAUGCCUGUCAGAGGCGCAAGGCGCCUGUGCCUCACCAUCGUGCUCCGAUGCGGACGACGUUGGCACAGCGCCCGUUUCAGCGGGUUGCGGCAGACAUAUUGGAGUUGCCGGUCACGUCGAGAGGAAACCGCUAUGUUCUGGUGGUGGAAGACUAUUUCACCAAACGUUUGGAUGCUGCCUUUCGCCAGAGUCGCAAUAACAGUGUGACUGCGAGUGACAAACAGAGGACCUUUUAUGACAACAGAGAGAGACACAGGCCUUACGAAAUUGGGGAUUUAGUGUGGCUUCAUGACCCAACUGAGAGCCGCCGUAAAUUGGCCCCACACUGGAAGGGGCCUUACAUUAUUGAGCGGAGACAGGACCGUGACGACGUGGUUGGGGUUACAUAUGUGAUUGGAAGUCCAUUUGGGGAUGAAGCCCCCAAACAGACAAUUCACUAUGAUUGA